GCGCACACGUUAGUUGUGUGGUCCAGCAUGGCGAAAAUAGAUCCACUUCGGUUGCAGAACCAACACCACCGCUCGAUCAUCGUGCUGUCCCUGCUGCUGGCGUUGUCCGUUGUGUGGAGUGGUGCAGUGGUCGGACAGUGUGCGUGUGGAAUUCGGCAAUCGGCCAACCAGUCCGUCGUGCCAGGAGAGCAGAUCGAACCAGGCGAAUGGCCCUGGCAGGUGGGGAUCUACUGGUGGCCGGGAUCGAAGUUAAAUCCCCCGAAGAGAAUUUGCGAGGGUGCCCUGCUGAAUCCCGACGGAUGGGUGCUGACAGCGGCAAACUGUCUGAAGGGAGCGGAUGGAAGCUUGCUGGGAAUCGAAGGUAUGGUGGGCCACGUCGGACUGGUGGCGUUGCAACAAAGUACCGAAGGUUCACGGAGGUUCGCGGUUGAGAAUGUGAGGAUGAACGAUGAACUGGAUUUGGCACUGGUAAAACUUGAUGUUGGUGAGGAGUGGGAUGGUAUGUCGAUUUGCUUGAACGAUGGUAUUGAGGAUUGGGACAAUUUGUAUGGGAAUUCGGUGUAUGUACUGCAACAGAGUCAUCGCCACCGCUUAGGUGGAUUCGAAAUAGUAAGGCUGGAAUUGGAGAAGGAAGUCAUGUGCUACGGAUCAACGCUCGCUGUCAAAGCGAAAGCGAUUAGUGAUAACAGCAUCAAGCUGAAAACCAGAGGCACCAAUUAUCGCGAAACUGCCAGAGGAACACCCCUCUACGUCUACAAACCCGAAGGGUGGUCCCUUCUUGGAAUCUCGAACAAAAUUCGAUCUUCCAUCCCAGACACCUUCUGCCAGCCGGGGGAUUACGAAUCGUUUCUCAACACCAAUCAAAACGAGGUGUACCAAUGGAUUUACAGCAGCCUCGAUGAAGACAUCAACAGCAGUGUAGAGACCUCCACCGAGUGAACAUCAAUUGUCUUUACAAAUCAGUGAUUCAAAGCAAAUUGAAUGGAACAAAAAGCAAAAAAAAAAAAACAAAACAAACCUAGCGAAAUGUGCAUAAAACAGGUCAAUAAACUAAAACAAAUGGUAAAAUUCUCA